AUGUCCACAACAACAGGAGCAUUCAUCGCAGGAGGUGUUGCAGCAUGCGGAGCAGUGACGGUCACUCACAGCUUUGAGACGGUCAAGAUUCGUCUGCAACUGCAGGGUGAACUGCAGGCCAAGCAGGACGCUGCCAAGAAAUACCGGGGUGUCUUGCACGGUGUGAAGGUUAUUCUACAAAAUGAGGGUCCCCGCGGUCUUUUCCGGGGAAUAGGCUCGGCUUAUAUCUACCAAGUCCUGCUCAAUGGUUGCCGUCUGGGUUUCUACGAACCGCUGCGCAAGGGUCUGGCAACCACGAUAUACCAGGAUGCUCAAGUUCAGUCUCUGGGUGUUAAUGUCAUCGCCGGUGCUGCGUCUGGUAUCAUCGGAGCUGCUGCGGGUUCGCCCUUUUUCCUGGUCAAGACUCGCCUGCAAUCGUUCUCCCCGUUCCUUCCCGUCGGCACCCAGCACAACUACAAGAACUCGUUUGAUGGUCUGCGGAAGAUCCACUCGACGGAGGGAGUUUCUGGCUUAUACCGUGGAGUUGGCGCGGCGAUGGUACGAACUGGCUUUGGUAGUUCCGUUCAGCUGCCUACCUAUUUCUUCGCCAAGCGCCGCCUGAUGAAGCACCUGGGCAUGGAAGAUGGCCCAGGUCUGCACCUGGCCAGUAGCACGGCAUCUGGCUUUGUCGUCUGCUGUGUUAUGCACCCGCCUGACACCAUCAUGUCCAGAAUGUACAACCAAACGGGCAACCUCUACAAGGGCGUGUUCGAUUGCUUGUUUAAGACGAUUAGGACGGAGGGUGUGUUGGCGAUUUACAAGGGGUACUUUGCCCAUCUUGCACGUAUUCUGCCUCACACGGUAUGUGAUGUUCGACACCCAGUCUCUUAG